GGCGGCACUGAGCGGGCGGGGCGGGAGGGGCCGCGGCCGCCGCCGCGAUGGCUCAGGAGAAAAUGGAGCUGGACCUGGAGCUGCCGGCGGCGAGCGCGGCGGCCCCGGGCGACGGCGGCGGCCUGAGGCGCUCCAACAGCGCCCCGCUCAUCCACGGGCUCAGUGACAACUCGCAGGUUUUUCAGCCUUACGUGUUGCGAACUCGCAGGAACAGCACAACAGUUAUGAGCCGUCACAGCAUGUUGUUGUCCUCAUCUCCUAUUCGUAUUCCUAGUAGCCGACUUCAUCAGAUCAGAAGGGAGGAAGGAGUGGAUCUAAUGAACAGAGAAACAGCGCAUGAAAGGGAAGUGCAAACAGCAAUGCAGAUAUGCCAGUCAUGGGAGGAAAGCUUGAGCCUGAGCGACAAUGACUUGGAUAAGUCUGAGAAAUCUUCCUCCCCAAAGAGAAUAGACUUCAUUCCAGUUUCGCCUGCACCUUCACCUACAAGAGGAAUAGGAAAGCAAUGUUUUUCACCAUCGUUGCAAAUGUUUGUGAGCAGUAAUGGAUUACCUCCAAGUCCUAUUCCCAGUCCAACAAGGCGAUUCUCCAACAGGAGGAGUCAAAGUCCAAUCAACUGUAUCAGGCCCAGUGUUCUUGGCCCCAUUAAGAGAAAAGGUGAAAUGGAAACUGAAAGUCAGCCAAAGAGACUUUUCCAAGGAACGACUAACAUGCUUUCUCCAGAUGUUACACAUCUGACAGAUCUCAGUUCAUGCCUGUCUUCAGAUAUUCUUGAUGGGAGUAGCAGCAGCGUGGGCUCUUCCUCCGAUUCAUUGACUAAAGGCAGCAUAACCACCGAGUCUCCAGUAACGUGCUCAAACUCAUGCUCUUCAUUCAUUUUGAUGGAUGAUCUCUCACCGAAGUGACUUAAGUUCUGAGUCAAUGUCUGGCUGUACACUUGUACAGAGGAACGAACUCUUGAUUCUUGAACCAUUAACACGAGGAUUAUUAAAAAGAGAAAGUGGUGUAGCUAAUCCUUGGUGACUUUCCAGUGAUUUUGGUUUAUCCAUUUAAUGGACAUUGUAGACCAUAUUAAUGUCUGGUUUUGCGAAUUUAUUUUUUAAACAAGAUGUCUGCGCAGAUUAUACUAACUUUUUGCUUUCAGGAACUUGCAUACACUUUUUGAUUCCGAGAAUAGGGAUCUGCCUAUUACUGUUGGGACUUCUAGGAAAAUACUUCUAUAAUUAUUGUGGUCACUGUGUCUGGGGAAAUAAUUUGGUUUGGAAGGAUUUGAAAAUAUUUAUUUAUUCUCUGGCACUUCUACCAUUGAGUAAAACUUCUCCUUGCUUUUUUUCAGUCAUCAGCCUCAAAUUCUGUUACAGAAGAAGGAAGAAAAGAAAUUUUCUUAGUGCUGCUAGUUGGUUUUAUUACAGAAGAUUAUAGUGGGUUUGGAAAUCUCACUGUAUUACAUUAAAAAACAGAAACCCACAACAAAAUAAUUAAUGGCUGGCACUUUUGCCAUCAAUGAAGAAAUAACAGUACUCUAUGAACAUGACUAAAAUAGCUGCGUAGUUCUCUCCCCAGGCCCUUUAUCCUGCAGAUUAUAUGAAAUAAGGUCAAUAUUCAGCAAGAUUUGGCCAAGGAAAGUUAGUCCGUGCCUCGCUCUAAGACAUACAGUGCAGAUAAUUAUUUAAACUACUGUGUAGGAGAACCGUGUAUGGCACCAUCGAUGUCUCCUGUGGCAGUGAGGUCAUAGGUAUUUUUGUGCCUUAGGGGACAUUGUUACAAAAUUACAGAAUGUAAACCGGAGGGGUGGGUGGGAAAAGUCCUUUGUGUACAGCUUGUUUAUAGAGUGCUUACCAGAAUCUGUCCUCAAUGCUGCUUUCCGUCGUGUUCCUUCCCGCGGUGUGCGCUCUGUUGCAAGGUGCUGUGGGCAGCCCCGACUCUGCUGGGAGAUGGCAGCCAACGUACUGCUCUUUGAAGCUGCUGAGUGCAGCGUUUAGACCUUUGUUGGUCGUGGGCAGGGCAGAGUUAAGUGAACAUUUAAUUUCUGAGGAAAGACAUAAAAGUUGGGAUUGAAUAUGAGCUCUGCAGAUUGUUUGGCUAAGGAGUUAUAUUUGAGCUACAAGUAGUCUUGAUACAGUACCUUGGUCAGCCUGAGGUAAGACAAUAGAUAUUUUGAAGACUUCAAUGGGGCAAAAUAAAUCCAUUUGUAAUCUACUGUGUUAUGCUAUUUAUUAUUUAUAACUAUGUACAAAGUCUGUGGUGAUGAAUUAUAGUAUUUUUUUAUGAUUGAUUAAGUUUUUUAUGUUCAGUGAUUGCUGGCCGGUUUGUAUUUAAUACGCAACAUUGUCUGCCAGAAUCAUAAGCUUCCUUUUUUUGAAUGUUUGUAACAUAAAUGCUUUUGUUAUCUAAAAGGACAACUUCUGAUCUUUUUGAAAGAAAAUAGCACUGAAUUUAAAGUAAGAUUAUGUGCUUUAAGAGUGAGCACAAUCUCUGGCAAUACUGUCUGGCUGAAAAGGGGCGGGGGAGAACCAUAGUUUUUUCUGUUCUGAAGAAGCCGUUGAGUUACCAGAAGAUGUGUACAUACCAGAUUAUUUUUAAAAGCGUUUCCAUUAAAUUGUAAGAGAUACCAGAUUGGGCCAACAGGGCACGAUUAUUUGUAUUACCAUUUUCACCUGUGGAGCAUUAGUUCCCCACCUCAAAUAAAUGUGCAUAUUGUAAAAUAUUGUCCAUUGGUGCCAUUUUUAAAUGAGCUCUGCAGUAUUGAAUGUUAAUUUUCUUUGUAAAUGCGCAGUGCUAUUUCUUGAAUAUUGAUGUCUUAAAUCGCUUAGUUAUUUUUUUAUUCAUGCUUGUAUCUUCUCUGCCUUCUCUGAUGCUAAAAAGAGGCAGCUUUUACAUUUGCAAACUAUCCAUAAACGGUCUGUGAUGAAAUUCAGCCUGUUACCUGUGCCCCGGUCUCAUUGUACCGUGUUUUUAUUGGUACUGUGAUUGAGAAAUCUGAACGAAGGGUGGCAGAAGGGGGGGGAACCUAUUGCAUGCUUUCUUAAAUCUGAGAAGAGCAUAGCUAUUGCUUAUUUUUGGCUGACUUACCUGUACAAUUGAUGUAUUCCAGAUUUGUUUGUUAGUGGAGAGUCUUACAUAAGUGCUGGCCUUUGUAAACAUUAGAAUGUAAGCUUCAUAAAGCAAACGCACAAAUAUUGA